AAAAAUUAGCUGGGCAUGGUGGCGCGUGCCUGUAAUCCCAGCUACUCAGGAGGCUGAGGCAGGAGACUUGCUUGAACCCAGGAGGCGGAGGUUGCGGUGAGCCCAGAUCGUGCCAUUGCACUCCAGCCUGGGUAACAAGAGCGAAACUCCGUCUCAAAAAAAAAAAAAAAAAGUGCUGAUGAAUGGGUGAGUGGCUUUGGCUGGAGGCCUGGUGCUGGGCCCUAGGCCCAGUCUCUGGCAUAGAUGAGAAGUGAAAGUCUUACCAAAGAGGAGAGAAACUCAUGCACUAGAGGGGAAAAUCAAGACCAUAUUUGGUUAAAGAAUGGUUAAAUAUUUGGAGGAAGAAAAAAAUCCCAAAUACUUGAAGAAAAGGGAGGAGAAUGUAUAAAUAAAAAUGUAGUCAUAAUUUCUAAUAUACAAACAUGUAUGUUUUCAUCUAUAUAUGGGCCUGUUUGGUCCUUGGAUGCUUCUGAUCGAGCCUACGAGGUGAAAUUGAUGAGACUGUUGAAUAGUGCGCCAGUAGCAGUUGGUGUGGAACACGUUCUCAAGGGGGUCACAGGGUGACAAAUAGUCCAGGACAGGGAGGAGCUAGUGGCAUGGGGAGGACUCAGCGGGAGGAUGUCACAUCCUCAGAGGGAAAUGGAUACACCACACCAGAGCAAAGUGGGGACCCCAGGAGGGCAGAGCAUCAGGUGGUUGAGGUCAUGGAAGAGGUUUUAUUUAAUAACAUUCAAAGCAAGCAUCUCAAUGGAUCAGUAGAUGAAUAUAUAGUCUGCAUACCUGCUGUGUCCCAGACUCUAGGCAACAAGAGAAGAGCUGAUCUGGGACAUGGGGACCUGGUUAGCGUUUGCGGCUAUUGGAUGGGUGAUGGGGCAGAAAAGGGUUAUACAUUUUGUAGUCUCCUGAGGACAGAGUGGGUGUCACUGUGCAGGGGUGACAAGAGACGCCAAUUUGGACUCAACUCGAAGGGGGGGCCUUUGCCAGAGGGCCUGAGCUCCUUGAGAGGAGGUUUUGGUGGACAAGGAUCCCGGUAGUCAGGAGAGGAUAAGAAGCCUCCAGGAUUUUAGCCUGGAGACCCACGUGUAAAUCUGAGUUUUGGGGGCCCUUACAAAGAGCUUCAGUGCAUUUCUCAUCUUUGGUGGCACCCCACAUUUUGUGCCCCUCGGAGCUGAGCUGCUGGAUUCAUGAGGCUGUGGGAGAAAUGGCUGCACAGCCAUCUGCCACCCUGUGAGUUUCUGAGAAUGGGGUGAUUUUUCGGUAAUCUGGAUCCUGAGUGGAGGCAGUGAGGGGUGCCUGCUUUGGUGUUACUCCGUUUGGGAGAGUUCGGCAGUGUUAGUGCCACUGCCCUGGGAUUCGUUUUCUUUUCCUCUCUGACUCCAUUUUACUCUGUUUUUUAUGUGGCUGCUGCUACUCCUUCCAUUCUGUCCUCUUAACUCCCGCCCCCGUUUUCCUCCUGAGAUGUUUACGUGUUGUUUCUUGCACUUUGAAUAAAGACUAAAUGUUUUCUCUGCUGGCAUAAUUCCUGUGUGUGUGUGUGGUGUGUGUGUGUGUGUGUGUAAAUGCAUGUCCACAGGUGUACGCAUGAGUGCUUCAGCCUGGGGUUCACAAUGAGCGUGGCACCCACAGUGCAAUGAAAAGGGCAUUUUUACGCAGAUACGUGAUUCAUGUUCACCUCGCUGAUCUUAGCCGUAGACAUUUUUAAGGAAAAGCAGAGAAAACAGCCAGCUAAAAAAUCCCGUGAAUCCUACUUCUCGGUGCGAUUGGAGUUGCGCCUUAAGCGCAGGAGAGGCUCCCGCCGAGAGCGAGUUCCUGACAUAGUGACCUCAUUCCCAACGCCGCCCUCCCCGCGGCGCAGAAGCCGCACUGGCUGGCGCUGGGCGAGCUCCGCCGCGGCCCGGGCCGCGAGCCUGACGGCUGCGUGUCGGGAAUGACGAGCCCCAGGCUUGCAGAGACUUGCACGGCAACUGGAAUUUAUGACAAAUAGCUCACUGCAGCUAAACUUUGCUACGGCGUGCAGUGGAACCGCCUGUUACACACAGGGGGGAGAUGCGUCCUUCGUCACCAUGCAAAGCCAGCCUUAAAAAAAUAGGAGCAUGUGUCAGGUCUCUCAGUACGGACUGAGAACAAGCAGAAGAGUGAUACUGCAGAAUCCGAGGCACUGCAGUGGGAUGUUGGCUCAGCAAGUGGCUGUGAUGUAUGGGACAGGCAGGAACAGGAUUCCAGCUGUUCCAUGCAAAUAGGAUAAAAGAAUGGUAAAAAGGAUUCCUUUUUUCUUUUCCUUCUCAAAACGUUACCAGCCAAGUACAUUCACAAAGCCUUUUUAAGGUGCCUUUUGCCAGCUUUUGAACUGAACUUGUGCCAGUAUCUCAAGCCCUGAAUUGUAAGAAGAGCUGAGAGUUCUGAGACUCAUUUUUAAAAAGUAGGUCUACAAAGGUAAAGUACCAGAUUCUUGUUGUGCUCCACCGGCCCUCGGUAGCCAAUCUGAAAUGCUCAUUGAGGAUACUAUGGCUUGAAAGUUUACUCUUUCUUCUUAUUCCAGAUUCUAGGACGUCCGUUUCUGUUACUGGCUCCUUCUUGUGCUUGGAUGCAACCCCCUAGCAUGCACCAUGCUUUAGCGUCAAAGCUACCUGGGGGAUGGAGCCAGUCCAGAAAGGGUCAGGUGAUGUAUCACCAAUCAGUAUGUCUCCCAUCAGUCAGUCUCAGUUUAUUCCACUCGGGGAAAUCCUCUGCUUGGCCAUCUCAGCAAUGAACUCGGCAAGGAAACCUGUCACCCAAGAAGCACUGAUGGAGCACCUGACCACGUGUUUCCCAGGUGUUCCCACCCCAAGCCAAGAAAUUCUGCGGCACACACUGAACACCCUGGUACGGGAGAGGAAAAUCUACCCAACUCCGGACGGCUACUUUAUCGUGACCCCACAGACUUACUUCAUAACUCCGUCCCUCAUAAGAACUAACAGUAAAUGGUACCAUCUGGACGAGAGGAUACCUGACCGGUCUCAGUGCACCUCUCCGCAGCCUGGAACCGUCACGCCCUCUGCCUCAGGCUGCGUCAGGGAAAGAACAUUGCCCCGAAACCACUGCGACUCUUGCCACUGCUGCAGAGAAGACAUGCACAGCAUGCAUGCGUCCACCCUGCAGAGGAAGCCUGCCAAGGACUGCAAAGACCCUUACUGCCCCCCUUCUCUGUGCCAGGUGCCACCCACUGAAAAGAGCAAAAGUACUGUAAAUUUUUCCUACAAGACAGAAACUCUCUCAAAACCUAAAGAUAGUGAAAAGCAGUCAAAAAAAUUCGGGCUGAAGUUAUUCCGGCUAAGUUUUAAAAAAGACAAGACCAAACAGCUGGCCAAUUUUUCUGCCCAGUUUCCUCCUGAAGAGUGGCCUCUGCGAGACGAGGACACGCCAGCCACGAUCCCUCGGGAGGUAGAAAUGGAGAUCAUUCGGCGCAUCAACCCAGACCUGACCGUGGAAAACGUCAUGCGGCACACCGCACUCAUGAAGAAACUUGAAGAAGAAAAGGCCCAGAGGAGUAAAGCCGGGUCUUCUGCCCAUCACAGCGGAAGGAGUAAAAAGAGUAGGACUCAUCGAAAGUCCCAUGGAAAGUCUCGGUCUCACAGCAAGACGCGAGUGUCUAAAGGAGACCCCUCCGACGGCUCCCAUCUGGAUAUCCCAGGUGAAAGAGAGUAUGACUUUUGCGACCCUCUGACCAGGGUGCCCAGGGAGGGCUGUUUCAUCAUGGAGCACACAGGAGAUAACUUCAUCAUGCAUAGCAACACAAACGUGAUCGAGUCCCACUUCCCCAUGACACCAGAAUGGGAUGUGUCUGGUGAAUUGGCCAAAAGGAGAACUGAGAUGCCUUUUCCUGAACCUUCUAGGGGAAGCUCCCACUCAAAAGUGCACCGAAGCCACAGCCAUACCCAGGACCGGAGGUCCAGGAAUGAGAGAUCCAACAAAGCCAAGGAGAGAUCCAGAUCGAUGGACAACUCCAAAGGCCCUCUGGGUGCUUCUUCUCUAGGGACGCCUGAAGACCUUGCUGAAGGCUGUAGCCAAGAUGACCAGACCCCCAGCCAGUCCUACAUUGAUGACAGUACUUUAAGGCCUGCACAGACUGUUGGUCACCAAAGGGCUCACAUUUCAUCCACAAGCUAUAAAGAGGUGUGUAUUCCAGAAAUAGUCAGUGGCAGCAAGGAACCAUCCAGUGCUUGUAGCCUUUUGGAGCCAGGCAAAGCACCCGAGAGUUUGCCAUCCUAUGGCGAACUCAACUCUUGUCCAACGAAAACCUCCACAGAUGACUAUUUCCAGUGCAACACCUCUAGUGAGACGGUGCUCACGGCACCAUCACCUCUGGGAAAGAAUAAGGAGGACCAUGACACUCUGACUUUGGCAGAAGGGGUGAAAAAGCUCUCCCCAUCUGAUAGGCAGGUCCCCCACUCCUCCAGGGAGCCUGUAGGGCACAAGGAGGAGUCACCCAAAGGGCCGGGUGGUGGCCCAGCUGCCUCAGGAGGAGCGGCUGAGGGGAUCGCCAAUGGACGCCUUGUCCAGCACCAUGGUGCUGAGCCCAGCAGCUUGGACAAAAGGAAAGAGAUAUUUAGCAAAGACACACUGUUCAAACCUCUUCACAGCACCUUGUCUGUAAACAGCUAUCACAAAUCAAGCCUGUCCCUCCUCAAAUCUCACCCGAAGACACCUGCUGACACACUGCCAGGCCGAUGCGAGAAACUGGAACCGUCCCUGGGGACCUCGGUGGCACAAGCCAUGCCAGCUUCCCAGCGCCAGCAGGAGUCAGGAGGGAACCAGGAAGCCUCUUUUGACUAUUACAACGUCUCUGAUGAUGAUGACUCUGAGGAAGGGGCGAACAAGAACACUGAGGAGGAGAAAAACAGAGAGGACGUGGGCACCAUGCAGUGGCUCCUCGAGAGGGAGAAGGAAAGAGAUUUGCAGAGGAAAUUUGAAAAGAACCUCACCCUUCUUGCCCCAAAAGAGACCGACAGCAGCAGCAAGCAGAGAGCCACCCAUUCAGCCCGGCUUGACAGCAUGGACAGCAGCAGUAUCACAGUGGACAGCGGAUUCAACUCCCCACGUACCCGGGAGAGCCUGGCUUCCAACACGUCAAGCAUUGUUGAAAGUAACCGUCGUCAGAACCCCGCCUUGAGCCCGGCCCACGGUGGAGUUGGUCCAGCCUUCAACUUCCCAGCAAGCACGGACCCCCCGACAAAUGAAGCUGAGAAACUACAGAAACCUUCCAACUGCUUGCAAGCUUCUGUUACUAGUGUGUGAUAGUCUUUCUGCCUCAGAUCUUCUGUCUCAUUCGAUACAGCAACGUUUACGACACUGGGACUGAUGUUUACAUCUUUGGAAAGACAAGCAUCUCAACCACACAGUUUUUGUGUUUACUUAAACUGUGCUGCUAAGUAGGGCUAGGGCAAAGAAAAAAACAACAGAAAAUCUUUAUUUCGGAGUAUUGCUUUUCACAUGUAUGGCUCUGUAGCAACUGAAUAACAGUAGGGGUGAUAUGUAUACUUUUGCUUCACUAAUUGUAUCUGAGCACACAUAGGAAAGUUUAGACACUGUAAGUGUAAUAUGCAUUUUCGAUGUCAAGCAGUUGCCAAUUCCAUUUUUAAAAAUGCCACAGAUGCGUGUUGCUCCCAGUCUGUGGUUAAAUGGUGCCGCAGAACUGAUCCUUGACACUUCCAAAAAAAAAAAAAAAACUAAGCCACCGUGAAAUGUCAAAUGCAAGGGUCCACCUUGAGGAAAUAGAUGCCAAACUGACUAGAAGGGACCCCAGCCCUUUGUGUGUGAAUUGUUUAUGCACCAGUCAUUUUUCACUGUGAGUUUUCGUGACACUAUUUUGCAGGAACCCAUGGAAGUGUGUAAGAAGGGGUCGCAAUGGAAAUCGCUGGGAGUCUCUCUUUUCAGGAUUUUGUUUUCAAGUAUAACAGAUGCUUGUCUGAUUUUUAACCUUCCAUGAUCACAAACAGGAAUAUAGGCCUUUGAAUCUGAAGUGGACGAAGGAAAGGAAUUUCCAGUCUGGCCGGGGCACAGCACUAGGUGUUGGGAGAGGUGGUGUGGACUUGUAAAAGGUAUUACUCAAAUAGUGAAGGAAGAGAAUUUCCUCCUUGUGAUAUGUAGGAUGACCCUAUCUUACUCUAAUAGAUACAAUAAUUAGUUUGUUUAAAAGCAAAAUGUUCUUUGUGAUACAAAUGAAGAGUAUGGCCUGAGGAUGUUAUUCUUUCUAAUGGAAGGACAGAAAUCUAUUUUAUGUAGUUUUAAAUAGAAUGCCUAAAUUAGGCUGUGGGAGAUCAUUUUUAGUGGUUAUAGGAAAGAGCAAAUUUAGGGAGAGUUGAACUUCAGGCCUUUUAUUCCUGGGAAGAUAUCUAUAAAGAAAACUUUUAAAAUAAUUUUUGAUUAGAAAUCUACAUGUGCCCAUGUAAUGAACAACAGAAUGUGCUCAUUCUGCUAGUGUGGUAUAAUCCUAAUUUGUACUCCCCUAAAAUUUAUCAGAAAAACAAUUAUGCAUACGUGAACUAUGCCAGAGUAAUGUUUACAGAUACUUUGUAACCAAUUUCAGGAGGCGAUUUUAGGUGGAUGUGUAGUUAAUUAGCCCAACUUAUUUCAAAAUGAUUCACUAACAUUUUGCUUUGGUUUAUGAUGUCACGUUGCACACAAAGAAGACCCAGCAGCAAAAGGAUUGCCAAUAAUUCGAUCUUAUAGCAAAGAGACAUUCCAGUGUUCCCAUGUUUUAUUUUCUGAGAACAGCGGAACAGAUCUGUAGUAAUGGAAUAUUAUUUGCAAAAGGUUGCAUAUGACACAAGAAAAUGUCUGACAUAAAGUUUUGUUUUGUUUAGUGGCAUGUGCUGUUGGGAGCUGUACACCAUAAAAUACAUACACACACACACAUAUAUAUAUAUCCCCAAAUCCAGAAUAUUUCCACCUCCAAUUUCAGUAAUUGGCAUAUGAUUUGUGAGACACAUCAUUUUUGUAUUAGGUUUAAUCACUAGCAGUCUGUUUAAAGAAUCCAGUCCUGUACACAGUUGGACUCAUUCUUGAAACCUCUAAAUACUCCCUCAUAGUUUUUCAGUUAUUUGGAAGUUGCAUUGGGUCAAACUGGACUCCCUGAGUUUGGUAUAAAUUCCCGUCUUGUGCUUAUCGUAGUGAAACUUCAGCACGUUUCGUAGUAAACUCCCGUACCGUUGACAUGCUUACGCCUCUUGGCUUUCAGUCUCAUGCCGUAUUUCCUCCAAGACAUGCCUUGACCAUUGUUUGUCUCACGGCUUAACUAUGUCCAGAAGGAAUGAUCUGUAUCUAAUAGACGACAUAGUCUGUUCCCUUGGAGAGUUAUAUAUCAUACGGUUACUCAAUUUUUGUCUAAAUUCAUUUUUUCCAAAACCCCGCUCUCAAAUUUUUCUUCUACUUAGUUCAUAAGUAAUAGAACCAUUGAAACAAUCCAUCAGCCUCUAGUUGAUCCUCUGAAAGUAGCCAUUGAAAUAAUCGAAUGCUGUGUGAACAGGAAAGGAAAGCAUUACCUUUAAGAGAAGCUUUAAAAUAGGAAUUUAUUGAUAUUUCACAAGAUAUAGGUUUACAGAAGACAUUCAAAUAAAAAUGUACACUGUUUGCCUGAUGCUAUGGGGUACAUGACUUUUUAAAAACUCCCUUAGACCAGCAGCCAUUUGUGUAGAAAUGAUGGACUUUAAAGAUGACACCAUGUAAGCAGACGUUGCAUAUAAAAAUAUUCUUGUCUGAAUCUGAUCAAGACUCUUGAAUGGGGGAGGAGUGGCAGCCGGCGUCACAGUACACAUGUCAUCCAAGGUCCCAGUGAGGCUCUCAGUCCGGAUGGUGGGGUCCUCGCCCGGCGUUGCCAGUACGCUUUUCCUCCAGUGAAAUCAUAGCUUUGUGUUACACGACUGCUUGUCCCGUCUUAGGGUUUAGCAACUGAAAGGUUUACAAAACUGAAUCUGGUUGAAACUCUGUGAAAGGGUCAACACAUCUGUCGGCAUUUUGCACACUUAUGUAUUAUUAUGAUACGACAUAUUAUUUUAUGGUAAUUUUUAUUUUUACAUAUAACUACCUCCAUAAAUUUGAUGAAAUGGCAGCCGUGUGUUAAAGUGUAUCAUUCCGAAGAGCAAAGUUGAACACUCUCUUCAGCAUUAGGCCAUGGCGUUCUGUGUGUGUCGGUGACUGCCUCUGUGGACUCGUGACUUCUCCAGCGCCAUCGCUUUCUCUUACGCCAUCGUUUGGCUUUCAGAUGUAAUCCUGUCUUCUCCUCUCUUCCCCACGAAAGCGCACUCGAUUUUGUUAGGAAGGAACCGAAGUUUAAAAAUUCUUGUGCCCACCCCCACCCCCCACCCAUUCCUGUUAAAAGUUCUCUGGCGAAGAGCCAAUGGGUGAACGUAAUUGAGCGAGCUAUUUACUUCUUUGGAAAUCUGGUUUGAAGUCUCAGUUUUCAGUAACAGAAGACACACAAGCAAUGUGGACUGCCAACCUCGAAGCACUGUGGGCUCUGCCUUCACCCGCAUGCUACCAUGUGGAGCCCAAACUCCACUGUAAUUAAAAGAGCUGUGCUGUGAAUUCCACAACUUCUGUUAAAUGAUUUGUAUUCCAUUAUAUAUAUUUUGCACAUCUCAGGGGGCCAUAAUGAGCAUAUGAAAGUGGGGAUGCCAUCAAAUAGAGAAAUAGAAGAGGUGAAUGGAGACUAGCUGCAUAAAAAUAACAAGGUACUGCUUCUCUGAUGUUGUGGAGGUCAAGUUCAGGAAGCGUCAAUUCAGAGUUAAUCUAGAGUAACAGUGAUCUGAACAGCAGCUGUUCCCAGGUCCCUCUUUUUCAUAACCCAACCAGCAUUUCUAAAAUGUAAAUUUAAAUUAUAUUGCAGUCACCAUGGGGAGAAGAAACCCGUUCAGUGGAAGCAGAAGCAUUGUUCCUUUUUUAGGUUGGCAGCCUUGCAAAAUUCUACCCAGGACAAGCCACUUAUCACCACCAAGUGUACUUGAAAAUAAAGUUUUUAACUUAAAUUGCAAACAUAUUGCUCACAAUACGAUAGUGGUCGUGUUUUGAAAGUCUCACCAUUUAUACCAUGGGCAGUAUUUGGAGCUUGAUUUAAAAACCAACGACAACCGAUAGUAACUUUGCACGGCUCACUUUGGGAUCUCAAGAUGCUUCCAAAGCAUUCAGAUUUGCAAACAAUUGACAAGACAGGUCAUCUUUGUAAUACCCAUACUUGAACAAACAAAAGGAGUGACUUAAGACUACCCAGAAGCACAGUGGCAGCUACUGACGAUCUAUUUUCUAUCUGUUUGAUAGACCAUCAUGAGAACUCACUAAAUACAAUGCUAUUUUUCUGAUGUGUGCUAAUAAACUCAAAGAAAACAAAUACAACUUGACACUUUUGUCCAUUUUCAUUAAAAAAAAAAUUCGGGGUGUUUGGAAUUUGACACCUCAGCACACCUUACUGGUACUGAUGGAUGAAGCGGGAGAUUGACAGAUCCACCCAAUGCCAUUGCGGUCAGAGCAGAUCUGGACGUACAGGCUUGUUUACAGUUUCAUAUUGGGUUUCUAUAGUUCCCGUGCUAAAGCACCAUCUUUCAGGAACAUGACUGCUCCUGGAAGUGGAAGGUGCUGACACGGAAAUUUUAAUUAAAAACGUUAUCAAGUACUCAUCACAGUGCUCCUUAGCACCCUAGAAAUUCAGUACAAUAUAUCGAGUCCUACUUUGGAGGAGCUGGAUUUCUGAGGGAGCUGAUCCAGUUCUAAGUAUUUUCUUGAAUUAGGAGGUAGAUGAUAUUUGACGGGGAUCUACUCCAUCACCACAGGCCAGUCACAGAACCAACUAGCCAUGUGCUAUCAACCUUGGUGGGCCCAAGCAGGAGCGACCUCUCCUUUCCCCCUCGCCUCCAGGACCAUCCUGCCCACUGUCAAUGUCAUCCAGGGCUCCUCUGGUAGUGAGUGACUUUUCUGCACAUGUUUAGGGCUUGGGGGAGCUAGAACACAGGCAACACGAAUGCAAAAGCCAUGGAAAACGUUGUUUUCCUUGGGGUUAGUAAAAUGUGGGCAGGAAAGAGAUUACUGUCCGUCUGAGCUUUGCCAAGUAAGAUAAAAGCAUCAGCCAUCACCCCAUUCCUCUCCCAGAAGGUCUUACGGUAUUAAGGAUACAUCCAGUAGUUUCCCACAGAUUUUUAUUCAGGAGCCGUUUUGUAAAUUACGUACAUGAAAACAGUCAUUACUAAAUUUCCUUGUGUGUUUCAGACAGACAUUGGCACCUUCCUGUUGAGUUAAUACUCUGCAUCUUUUGCUGCAGUAGCCCCAGUGAUGGCUCCCCUAACACACAAUCCUGUGUUUUUACAGUUGUUCUAUGACUUACAGUUGAUGAUUCACAAGAUUCAGAAUUCUACCAGACCCAAGGGGGAACUAAACUUGCUUCUUAUGAUUGUACAUGAUCAGUUAUAGGGCUUUAAUUGUUAAUUGUUGGCUUCAAAUGUGAACAGACACGCACGCGCACACACACACACACACACACACACACACCAUGCCAAGGAGGGAAUGGGGUGUUUCAAGUCAGGCAGCAAUGAUUCUGGAAGGUUGGAAAUGUAAGGUUAGAAGCUUGGUUGGUCCAUGUACAGUUGCCUGCCUCCUUGUUCUAAGGCUGACUUUAGUAAAACGGUUCCCUUGCUCCCACCAAGAAGAGGUACCAAAUGUGAGACCUGAGAUCUCCAGUAUCUGUCCUCUGCAGUUCGGGGGAAUUAAUCAUGCAGUACACACGCAGCAGCUCCUCCGCUUCCUUUCUGCCAACGUACUCCUUUCCAUUCUCCCACCUAGAUACUGACAUACCGCCACGGUUUCCACAUUGGAAGGGCAGAACACUGUGCAGUAUCGUGCACACUUGCUGGGUUAGGAAUAGAGCUGCCCUAGGGUCACCUUCAUGGAAGUAUCAACAGCUAGAAAUUAAAGUCCUUAGAGCAGUUGACACAGAUACUAUGUUCUAGAAGAGAAUUAAAUUUAAACGUCACGUUUAAAGGAAUCAUAAUUCUGCAGGUAUCUUUCUCUGAGUGGCUGAAUGUGACUAUUGCAUUAGGGUAAAUGAAUUCAGAAAGUGCAAGUGGGAUUUACUGUAUGUUAGAAAGGAGUUUUGCAGCCAAGACUGCCUUGAAUAAAAUGUGUUUGCACUGAAAAAAAACUUUAAAUUACUUGGUCUCUGGUUGCUGUAAAGGUCAUCCAAGAUGGAUGUUCUGUUUAUAUUGUAUAGUAUUUCAUAUGAAAUAAUUACAGUUCAUGAAAUGUCUUCCCUAAUGUUACUGAUUUAUAACAGCACAUUUGUAACAUGGUUUCUAUCGUGUCAGUGUACCAUACUGUAAAUGAUGAUGACUUGUCAUGCUUAGUAUAAUAACUUAAAAGAAAAAAAGGACAGGGAUUUUUGUAAGUCUAUAUUUGAAAGUCCCUCCAUAUGGUGAUAUUGUGUUCAUGUUGUUUAUGUAGUGUUGUGUGAAAUAUCCAUUUUGGAUUGUGUUACUUUUUAAGAUAUUAAAUAACAUUUGGUUAUA